ACUCAUUGGAUACAGAUUAUUCGUCAGAAUCAUCAGAGGAGGCUGACUACCAGAAACAUACAGAAUUUUUGGCAACAUCACAUAAAGUUAAGAGUGAGCCAUCUUCUGAUGCCACAAUGAUCCCAAAGACUGAAGACGAACAUUUGGAAAAAGGAGGAUCUCAGGCUUCCUUUGUAGCGAUGUCAGUGCCGGCAUCAAUGUACCAAACAAGUACAAGACAAUACAUUUCUGUAACACAGAGACCAAUUCACAUUGGCCAUGCAAUGUCAGAUGGAAUGACAGGAUUACCAAACUCAGGAACACAACAGCCAGGACCUAGGCUUGUGCCGUAUGCACCAACAAUUGUAGAUGGAACACAGCAGUUCUUCAUGCCUAGCCAGAUCAUUGUGAACGAGGAAAAGAGUUCUCUAUCCCUGCCUCUGAGACAUGCCAACCUACCAGAUACGCAAUUCCAACUUCUGCAUUGGCCCCAAGGGAAUAGAAGUAGCUGCUCCCCCCCAAUAACUUGCAUAAUGCUCAUCAAACCGAGGGAUUCAACAAGAAAGAGAGAGUUGCGGCUAAUGAAAAAUAGGGAAGCAGCAAAGGAAUGUCGACGACGAAAAAAAGAAUACAUUAAAUGCCUGGAGAGUCGAGUUGCAAUGCUAGAAGUUCAGAACAAGAAUUUACUGGAAGAAUUAAAAAUCCUGAAACAAAUGUGUAGGGUUAAAGUUGAAUUGAAUAAUGCAACUUGAUUGGUAAAAAAAUACUCCAAAUAAGCAUUAAACGUCACUACAAAAUUUCAUUUCACUGCAUCAUUCCAACAUUGUUUAGCUGUGUUUUGCUACUAUUUUCUAAUAAAGAAAAAAAUAAAAAGGUACUUGCAUAAA